AUGAAUAAUGUGUGUCCCCUCGCGGUGCCGGACUCGGACUCUGCGCUGACGGACUCGAGGUCUGUGGUGACGGACUCGGAUUCUGCGGUGACGGACUCGAGGUCUGCGGUGACGGACUCGAGGUCUGCGGUGACUGACUCAAGGUCUGCGGUGAUGGACUCGGACUCUGCGGUGACGGACUCGGACUUUGCGGUGACGGACUCUGCGAUGACGGACUCGGACUCUGCAGUGACUGACUCGGACUCUGCGGUGACGGACUCGGACUGCGGUGAAGGACUCGGACGUCUGCGGCAUGUGGUGACGGACUCGGACUCUGCGGUGACGGACUCGGACUGUGCGGUGACGGACUCGGACUCUGCGGUGACGGACUCGGACUCUACGGUGACGGACUCGGACUCUGCGGUGACGGACUCGGACUUGGACUCUGCGGUGACGGACUCGGACUCUGCGGUGAUGGACUCGGACUCUGCGGUGACGGACUCGGACUCUGCGGUGACGGACUCUGACUCCGGACCGGACUCGGACUCUCCGGUUUCAGACUCUGACUCCGGACCGGACUCGGACUCUGCGGUUUCAGACUCUUACUCCGGACCGGACUCGGACUCUGCGGCUCUGGUCUCAGUAAUCGCCUGUUGCCAUUCAUCGUAG